GCAACAGACCACCUGUUUGUAGACGGAAGUGAGCGUACAAGCUGCUGUUUGAAUGAGAUUUAUAAACCCAUCACAGAAAGAUCAUUAAAGCGCACAUUACACAACUGUAACUGUCUUCAUGGCCAACUACAGAGCGUCAGAUUCGAAGCGAGAGCAGUUUAGAAGAUAUCUGGAGAGAUCUGGAGUUCUGGACACUUUAACCAGCGUUUUAGUGGCACUUUAUGAAGAACCAGACAAACCCAGUAAUGCACUUGACUACAUAAAGCUGCACCUCGGGGCGGCUGGUCCGGACCCCGCAGACGCCGAGGCCCUCCGACUGGAGCUGGCUGACCUGCAGCAGAAGUGCAACCUGCUCCUGGAGGAGAACAAGACGCUGAAGAACCGGCUGCUGCAGUACGAGGCGUCGCCUGAUGAGGCCGCAGCGUGAAGUGAACCGGAGCGGUAGAAAAAUGUCGAACUUGUCUUUGUUUGGACAGAAUAUAAAUGUUUUCUUCAUCAGAGCGAGCAGUGAAGACUCUGCUAGUUCUCGUUUC